UUUUACUAUAUGGGUGAAAUGGGUCUCAGCGCCCAUGUGGCGGAUGAUAACUCCGACUUCCUGAUCGGAGCUCCUGGCAUCUACAAUUGGAAGGGAGCGGUAAACCUGUACAGGAACAACGUAGACGAAAUUAUCAGAAAGAAAACCCUGAAUGAAAACUCGUACCUUGGCUAUGCCGUGAGCUCGGGAUAUUUUGACAGCAACAACCUGUCCACUCUCUAUUACGUGGCCACCGCUCCCAGGGACAGCUUUAAUUCCUCAAUAGCCUACAUUUUUGAUGAUCAUGAAUCUCUCAACCAAAAACAAAAUUUGAGUGGCCAACAGUUUGGCGAAUAUUUCGGAUACUCCGUUUUGGCCGAAGAUCUCAACGGAGACGGCCUGACGGACGUCAUUAUAUCAGCGCCCCUAUAUGAUGUGGGAAAUUCUUGCGACAACGGUGUCAUUUAUGUCUUUAUUAACAAGGGUUCGUUUAAAUUUGACCGGACGACUGUGACAUCGCCAGCGGAAGGAAGGGCCCGAUUUGGAACAACUCUUUCGCGACUGGGCGAUAUCAAUAAUGACGGAUAUAAUGAUGUGGCCGUGGGAGCUCCAUUUGCCGGAAACGGAUCAGUGUUUAUAUAUCUCGGAAGCGAAAAUGGAUUGCGGAAUAAACCCAGCCAGCGACUGGAUGCCCCUUCCCAGUCACUUUCCGAGGACGGAGAGCACAUGUUUGGUCACGGCAUGUCCCGCGGAUCGGAUAUAGAUGGCAAUGGAUUCAACGACUUUGCCAUCGGAGCACCCAAUGCCGAGGUCGUCUACCUCUAUCGCUCCUAUCCUAUAGUAAAAGUACAUGCCGCAUUCAAUUCGGAAUCGCGUCAUAUCAAACCGGAUCAGGAGGAGGUGCAGAUCACCGCCUGCUACCGAUUUAGUCACCUUACCAAAGUAAAGGAUCUGCACGAACAGGAGCUUGAUAUCCGGAUUACCAUGGACAAGCGGGCUAAAUUCACCGAGAAUCAGAGCAAUGAGAGGAUCUUCAAGGCGAAAGCGAGUCUUGACGAGCAAUGUAGAACCUUCGAAAUUCAGGUGGUCAGAAAGUCCAUAUUCACGCCCAUCGAACUGGAAAUGCACUACGAGCUGGCGAAGAAGGUUCCCCAAACAGGGGGGAUGAACGUCCAGUUAAGGCCGGAUAAACCCAUUACCCUCAAUAUCAGUUUUAACGCAGAUCUAACUAAAGUUGUUGGAUCCUGGGAGUACUUUGUUAUCACGACCGAUUUAGUGCUGCUCAAAAAAGGCGAUCCCUCAAGCAGUACGUUUGUAAUUCACCGGAAAAUUGAACAAAAUGUUAUAUUCAGACACCUGAAGACUAAACUACCCAUCUGGACCAUAAUUUGGUCCCUAAUCGGUGGAUUUCUCCUUCUUUGUGCUAUGACCUACGCUCUUUACAAGUUUGGAUUUUUCAAACGCACCAAGAGGGACGAGUUAAGCAAGUUAAUUCGACAAAGUUUUGAGGUGGAUUUACCUCUCGAGCUGGAGGAGGAAAUCGCUAGCAUGAACGUGCACUACUUAUCACAAGAAGACUUUCAUUAA